AUGGGUGGCGCGCCCGUUACCCCACCAUCGUCAUCGUCGGCACAGGCUCCACCACUGCAGCCUCAGAUCAUAACAUCGGAUAUCACACUCCAGGCGCCGCUUUCGAGGCGAGGGAAGGGGCCGGGGUUGGUUCUCGUGUUGAACCAUUAUGCGGCGAGGGAAGCGAAGGAGGGGUGUUUGGAUCCGCCGCCGCUGAAGAAGUGGGCGGAGGAGGGGUUCGCGGUUGUGCAGCUGCUGGUACCUGGCAAAGUCGAUGGCGAAUUUCCUCUCCAGAAGGCCUUGGACGUAUUGAGAGAUUGUGAGCAAUGCGAGUUCGGCAACGGUGUUGGACUGAUAUCAUAUCUAUCAAGGAUUCCCUACUAUCUCGAAGAAGCUGCCUGUCAGAACCCCGCGAUCAAGGCCCUUAUCUCUUACGGCGGCAAAAGCCUUUCCACACUGAGCUCGACAGCACUGCCACCUCAACUAAUACACGUCGCGGGGCUGCCAGACCCUCAUCGCCCCGAAUCAUGUUCAUUGGUCCCAGAAUCAUCCUCGGAGAAAGCAUUGCCACUUCCGGAGAACAUUAUCAAGACAUACCGGUACGAGGAUGCGACAAAAGACUCUGAAUGGGUGCUUCCAAGCGACGAGCACUACCACAAGCGCAGCGCGGGCAUUGCGCAUACGAGGAGUCUGACUUUCUUGAAGCCGCUGCUUGGCGGCCCUUUCUUCGACCUGGAGGCCGUGUGGGAAGAGCAUACCAAGUUCGAGUUCGGCGAGAGGGAUGUGGAGAAGACGAUGGCUACGAUGGUGGAUCAGCCAUAUGUCAACCACAUUCCGACUAUGACCGGAGGCGUAGGUCAAGAGCGACUCACAGCAUUCUACACGCACCACUUCGUCUUCAGCAAUCCGCCCGACACCGCCCUCGCCCUCGUCUCCCGAACCGUAGGCAUCGACCGUGUGAUCGACGAGUUCGUAUUCACCCUUACCCACAACAAAGAAGUUCCCUGGCUACUCCCUGGAAUCCCUCCCACCGGAAAGCCUCUAGCCAUUCCGUUCACCAGUGUCGUUGCUAUGCGCGGUGAUCGACUGUGUCAUGAACACAUCAGCUGGGACCAUGCGACGGCGCUGAAACAAUUGGGGUUGCUUCCGGAGUACGUGCCUUUUCCGUACAAGAUCGAGGGCGCAGCGCCGCCGGAAGGGAAGAGAUUCGAAGUCAGACUGCCAGUCGUGGAUAUGGAGGGGAGUAGGAAGUUGGUGGAUGAGAGUUGUGAAGAGAGUAAUGCGUUGAUGAGUGGACGGUGGCGGAUGGUUGACGAUGUAUGA